CUGUGAAGAGGUGUGGAAAAAAGGCAUUGGAGAUGUAUCGUGUCUUUGCAAGUUGUGCUCUAGCAGCCCUACUGCUGGCUGAAGUUUGGGCGGAUCCCAAUCAUGGCUCUGAACAAAGCCACGAGGGUGAAAUUGCCUGGCGCGUUCUCUCUCCUCAUAAUGCUGAGUUUGCCAUUGCCCUUGGACACCAUCUGAAAUCCAAGGCUGCUGGGGAGAACAUGUUCUAUUCACCGCUGGGCAUCUCCACCGCUCUGUCCAUGCUGUCUGCAGGGGCCCGUGGUGAUGCACACACCCAGCUGUUUUCAAGCUUGGGCUACAGCACCCUGGACCAGAUGCAAGUCAAUGAAGCUUACAAGUAUGCUCUCCUCAUGUUCAACAGCCAGGAGAACGUGCAGUUGGAAGUUGGUAACUCUGUUGUCGUACGCACUGGCUUCAAUCCUCUACCGGCUUUUCUGAAUGAUAUUAGACGGUACUUCAUGGGUGAGGUCUUCAAUGUUGACUUUAAAAAUCCUGCUGAAGCAAAAGCACAGAUUAACCAACACAUUGCCACUAAAACCCAUGAUAAGAUCAAGGAUCUGGUCAAGGACUUGGACCCUCAGAUGUCUAUGAUGCUGAUCAACUGGGUCUACUUUAGAGGACAGUGGCUGAACCCUUUUAACAAGAACUUGACGACAAAGGGCGACUUCUACGUGGACAAAAACACCAAAGUUGAGGUUGACAUGAUGUGGGCAACUCGACGCUUUGAUUACUACCAUGAUUAUGACAACCACACAACUGUCCUCCAGCUGCCCUACAGAGGCAACACAUCUAUGAUGAUUGUCCUGCCUGAUGAGGGAAUGAUUGAUAUUGUGGAAAGCAUGAUCAACAAGGACUCCAUCAUGGAAUGGCAGAACUCUCUUUUUAAAAGAAACAUAAACCUUUCCAUGCCAAAAUUUUCCAUCUCUGCUGAAGCCUCUCUAGAAGGUAUUCUAAAGCAAAUGGGAAUAACUAAUGCUUUUGAAGACACGGCAGACUUCUCUGGCAUAUCUGAAGAGGUCAAGCUUAAAGUGUCAAAGGUCUCCCACAAGGCUGUGCUGAGUGUGGAUGAAACUGGCACAGAGGCAGCAGCUGUCACCACCCUUGAAAUCAUGCCCUUGAGUUUGCCCCAAACCAUAAAAGUCAACAGACCCUUCUUUGUCUUCAUCAUGGAGCGCUCGACAAAGGGCAUUCUCUUCAUGGGCAGGAUCAACAACCCCACACUCCGGUAAAACUACUUGAGUGUACAGCGGUCUCAUUUUCACGUUGCUUUUAGAUUUUUGCAGCUAUGACGGUGGUUUCACUUGGAAACCAUUGCCACAGAA